AUGAUGCUCACAUCGUUGAUCCUUGUCACUGCUACUGUUACACACGCAGCAAUCAACGUUAGAGACCCAGUACUAGGUGACACUGUGAUCACUAUCUUUGUCAACCAGACUGCAUCCUAUGAUGGACAGGACACAUGUGGCAAGACAGCAACAAAUGGAUGUUCUUCAAUAGUGGCUGCACUCGACUCAUACUACAAUCAGACACUGGGGUUGACCAACCCAAACACUACCGUCAGCGAUAUCACUCUCAAUGUCAUCUUGUGUGACAGGUACUACACCGGCGUGAAUAAUAGCGACCUCAUUCUCUUCAACAUCAACAUUACAUUGUCAUCGAUCGAUCCAAUGGAGCCAGCUACUAUCGAUCUGGCAGGUAGUGCAAGAUUCAUCAACAUCGACAUUGACCAUGACAAUGAUACUGCUGUCGAGGCGGAGACACCAGCAAUCACCAACAUCAACCUGAACAACCUUAUCAUCAUCAAUGGCAAUGCACACAAGGGAGGUGUACUACAUUCAAAGCCACCCUCACUCUCAAUGACCGUCAUCGCCAUCAGUUAUUGUAGCUUCAUCAACAACAAUGCCUCGGAGGGCGGUGUCUUUUACUUCAAUGACACGGGAUAUCCUGAGAUGUAUAUCACCAACAGUUCCUUCAGCUCCAACACAGCCAACUGGGGUGCCAUCCUUAUCUCGCAUCAGAACCUGGUUUCCUCGAUGAUCUUUUGCAAUGUCACUGGCAACAGUGCCGACGACGGAAUCAUUCACUCACUCUCAUCGACGACAAUCAUCCAGAACUCCUUGUUUGAUCAAAACUCGGCCGACAAUGGUUCCAUCGUUCAUUCAUCCAUCGACAUCCUUCAGCUGUUCAACUCGGUGUUCUCAAACAACAGAGUGAUGGAGGCGACACUCCACUCUGUUAGUGGCACGAUCGACGUGGACACAUCUCUGUUUUACAACAACACUGGCAGUCAGGUUGUUCUGGAGGGUGAUUCAGGUGACCACUACAUGCAUCUGUUCAACUCUAUCUUUAUUGGAAACACGGCAACUCAAUCCAAUUCAUCUGGUGCUGCAUUCCGAAUUAUCAAUCAGACAAUCUGUUAUGUAUACAACUCCACAUUCCAAGACAACGAAGCAGUGCAAGGUGAUGUCGCCUACAUCCAGGACGUACAUACUGUCACGUUUGAGUGGUGUCGCUUUGUACGGACGGCACCCAAACCACAUGAUAUUUCCAUUGUAUCCAAUGGAACACUCAACAUCCGCAUCGAAGAGUCAUACUAUGUGCCCAACAACACACAGCCUAUCAUCUGUCAAGAGAGUCAGAUCACAAUAGAGAACCCUGUGAACUAUACAUAUCCAUUGGUCUCUUGUCAGGGCGAUUGUUUAACCAUUGGUCAAGCCUUCUGUGCCAAUAUCCAUCAUAAGAAGCCAUCGUUGUCAAAUGCCGAUAUUGGAGGUAUUAUACUUGGAACGGCAGUGGGUAUAACACUCAUUGGAGCCAUCACUUUAUAUGUAUAUAGACGGUUCAAAUCAAGGUCACAGGCAACUGGGUACCAACCAAUAGAAUCCAAUUAA